CUUUUACAAGGUUUGCAAGUUGCACAGUCAUCACUCUCAAAUAAUGCAAGGUGUGUUAAUGUUGUAUUCACACCGAUCGUCUUAAUAAUUCGUCAGAAGAGACAAAUAGUCACAACUGAGACCACAGACCAAAAUGUAACUCAAGGUGUCCAAGGAACAGCAAACGUGGAGAUCUCGUCUCCUGAAGCAGCACUGUUGAAUGCAACAUCCUUUACAGAUAUUAUUAGUUCCGGUGUCAGUCAACUAAACAACUCCAAUCUACAAUUAUCUAAUAUCGAAACUGCAAGUUAG